UUAAAAUAUACAAAUAAACCUAUAAUAAACAAAAAGGAAAAUAAAACCCUCAAUUGGAGUUGGUGUUUUAGCUCUCAAGUUGGCCAACGAAGUAUUCAAUCUUUCUUCAGGAACAUGAAGCAACUUUAAAUCACAAAACAAUUAGCUGGCCAAAUAAGGCUUUAACUUUUGUUCAGAGAAACAUUGAAACAAAUUUGUAUCCAAGGAAAAAAAAAUACGAAUAGUCAAGAUACAAUUUAUUACUACACAGAAGAUAAUCACUAGGCGUUAUGUGGAUCUUAGGUGUGCCGGCCAUCUAAAACAAAAAUCAUUUGAUAUUGGCAACUUUUAAGUUUAAAUAAUGAAUCAAUCAGCCAUAAUUUCGUCAGCUGAAGAGCAGCUAAAGAAUUUUGGUACAUUCCUGGAUUUUCAUGAUAAGAGGUUGUACCGGUUGUUGAAGGACGUAAUACAAAUACCGACAGUUAGAGCACCGCCUACAGCUACACCUCUCAUAGUCAUAAACUACUCGGCCAAUCAGGAGCAGCUUCAAUUGCUUCGUUUACUUGAAUCAGAUCGUUUACUAAACAAGACUUUGCUUACUUUCGGACAUCUUUGCGCGGAAGUCGAUGAGUUGGUAAACAGAGCUCAGCAAAUGCAGACAAAGUUCCUAUAUAUAGAUGAGAAUUUAUGUGUAAUGUUAGCAGAUGAAGAUUGGAGUGGUAGUGUCAAUCUCACUAAACAUACAAAUGAGAUUGUGCUACAAAUGAGCGAGUCUAUGCAAUUUAUAUGCGACAUUCAGUUUUUAUUGCAACGCUGCAUUGUGUUGGGUAAUAAUUUGCUGCAUCAAUGUGGUGCUUACUGCGCAGCAGAGGAUAACAAAAAUUUGGAGUUUCGUUUUGUGGAUGUGUUUGACUGCCUGGCGGACCUGCUAUUACAAAUUCUAAUAUUUAACGAGAUUAUAUCUAGCUCAAAUUUCUGCCGUUUUUGGCCGACUUACAAGAAAACUGUGGACGCAGUAGCGCACAAUAAAAAUUUUUUAGAGUUUUGUACUGACAACGAGUUGAAUGGGUUAAAAAAUUGCUUGCAGGAAUUUGAUUUUUUGUUUUCGGGCGAUUUAUUUCAAAGUUUUCUUGAUAGCACAUUUGCCUUAAAAGAUAAAAUCGGUCCGAAGGGUAUUGGUCAACUUACAAAUCAAUGCAAUGAGUAUAUGAAACAAUGUUUGGCCGGUAUAGCCAAAUACGAUGCGAAUGAAUUUUGUGAUCAUAGACUACUUGUUCGUCUAAAUGCUUUCUGUGUAGUUUUCCACGAUUUCUGUGGCCAAGUUGAAAGUAAACAUGUAAAGCAUUUACUAGAGCUCAAUCAGAAACAUCAAGGAAUUAUGUUGAUAGGUAAUGUGGCCUGGCAACCGAUCGCGUUCUUGCGGCGACACGCUACCUCAUUAGUGAAGCCACAUGAGCGCAUUUUGCAAGAUACUAAACGAUUGCGCCAGCAUUAUUUACAAACUCGAGUGCAAACUCUUCCACGUGAAAGCCGCAAUUAUUGUUCGCAAGUGCUUCUUUGGACGCUGAAUGUGCGAAAAGCAUUAAGCACCGGCCCAUUCGAAUUAACUGUACAUCAAUUUAAGGAGCUGGCCGCAUUGCUGCUGCUUGGUCUGCGUUACGCAUCGCAACUAAGUUGCCUAAUAAAAGGUUUGGUGAAUGCACAUGUAACAUUAGAAUCACCAAUGGCCAAACCAACACUACAGUGUAUUUGCAAACUUAUUGAGUUGUUGAAAAGUAUACAACAAGUGUUCCAACAGUACAUGGAUGUCAUUGCAAAAGUGAUACAAUGUGUGAUGCAGUACUUACAGUAUAAAGUAUUACAUUUGUUGAACCUGUACAAGAAACGCAUCACUGCUGCCAAAAUGCAUAAUCGCAACGUUGACGCUCUGGCUGCGCUGCGCAUUGCUGAGAAGUGCAUGGCAGGCCCACCAACGAAAAUGCGCGUAUUCAUAACGAAACUCGCAGUGAAUGCAACUAAUCUUAAUAACCGCACGUUGCCUCAAGAUCAGUGCGAACGUUUCCAAGUAUUAAUGUCCCGCAUUUUGAUAUUGGCAGAUUGUCAGAAAAAUGUGGAUGAUUUGUGCGAUACCACUUUUAUUUAUUGGCAUCAAUCAGUACUUUCGGCAUAUUUGAAGCAGGUGGUUGAGCGUAAAUUGGACUUUAAUUCAUUUCAGCAUAUUCUGUAUGCUUUUAACGAUUGCGGAAAAGCUUUUGAUAUGUUGGAGUUGAAUGAGUUGAAGUUAUCAAAGUGUCUGGAACGAGCAACUUAUGAUAAUUUACGCAGCGAAAUUGUCAGCAAAUUAUGUGCACAUAUUGAAACGUUUUUGCGUUUAGAAGUGCAUUCCAAUUUACAGCUGGAAAAGAUGAGUCCGUUUGAGCAGGGCAUAGAUGACUAUCGCGAUUUGAUUAAUGCUUGUCCAAUUCAAUUAAAUGGAAAUUAUGUGAUUUUAAAAGAUCACGUUGAAAAUUAUUUGAGUGCUAUGUUUUAUAAUCUAACUACCAUAUCACUGCACGACUGGAAGACUUACGAAGAGAUGCGUCACCUGGCCAAAACGCGUUUAAAGCUUAAACCUGUGGAAGACUAUUUGCCUAAUCAAACAUUGGAACAGGGCAUUGAUAUUUUGGAGAUAAUGCGUAAAAUCCAUAUCUUCGUCUCGAAAUACGUUUACAAUAUGAACUCCCAAAUAUUCGUCGAACAAACGAGCGCCAACAAGCACUUGGACUCGAUUGGCAUACAGCACGUGGCCAAUUCGCUACGCACACACGGCACGGGUGUCAUCAACACCACCGUCAAUUUUACAUAUCAAUUUUUGCGACAAAAAUUUUACACUUUCUCGCAAUUUCUGUACGACGAGCAAAUCAAAUCGCGCCUCAUGAAGGAAUUACGCUCUUAUGCCGAACACAAACAAUCGAAAAGCUAUCCCCUAUACGCCUACGAACGUGCCGAUGCCUUUAAUAAAGAUGUACGUAAGUUAGGCCUCUCCAAUGAUGGUCAAACAUAUAUGGAUCUUUUCCGGAAGGUGAUAACGCAAGUGGGCAAUGCUAUGGGUUAUAUCCGUUUGGUGCGCUCCGGUAGCAUUCAUGCCAACUACAGCGCCAGUCUUUAUUUACCAAAAUUCGAUGAGAAUUUGCAAUUCAUAUCUGCCUGUCAGGAGCAGAACCUACACGAAGUGACUGUGGCGGCGGCUGAGAAUUUCGAAGCGAAUAUCUGCAAUUUGGUGAAGAGCUUCUCCGAUAGUACUGACUACUUCAAAUUACUUGUCGAAGCAUUCCAUCCGUUCUUUCGUAAUCCAAACAACCUUCACUUAAAAAAUUUCUUUCUCAUUCUGCCGGCGCUUUCUCUAAAUUAUGUGGAACAUAUGUUGCGCGUCAAAGAGAAAAUCAAUAAGAAAGAUCGUCAGGAGGCAGUGCUCUUCGAUGAUGGUUUCGCCGUUGGUUUAGCAUACAUUUUAAAGCUAUUAAAUCAAAUUGAUGAUUUUUAUGCUUUGCAUUGGUUCGCAACGGUGCGUGAGCGCUUCAAUGCGGAGCGCCGCAAAAUACAAGAAAUGCUGCUCGAUAUUAAAAAAUCGACAAACACACGAGGUGGUGCAAAAAGUAACUCAAAAGCGACACUUGCAACACAAAAUAGUGAAACUGAAAAGUUGCAGCAAACACUGGCGCUGACUGAACGACGCAUAAAUGCAUAUCAAAUGGAAUAUAAUCUACUUUAUUGUAAUUUGUGCAGUGCGAAAAUCUUUUUCCAAUAAUUAAAGUGAUACAAAAGUAUUUGUAUUAUUUUAUUCAUACGAUUAUAUAAUUUUUUUAUGAAUUACAUUGCCAAAAAUUAAAGCAAAAUUAUAUACAUUUAUAUAUGAAUAAAUAGAAACUUGCAUAGCAA